AUGUCUCCUCAGGCGGGCGACUAUACACUAGCAUACGAUACGGAUGACGACCUACUAUCGAUUCCAGAAACAGAUCCGCCCGAUGCUUGUCAGCAGCACGCGCAAAAUGCCGAAUACCUUCGCUUCUAUGAUCCCGAUAGCAGCAUGCAGGCGGUCAAGAAUCACAUUCAUCUUCGUUUCCCCUCGCUUUCAGUUGUCGAUGUGGGAUCCACAGCGUCUACGGACGCUCAGAUGCUACGCAGUGUCCGUCUUGUCGAUGGCAGGCGGCUCUUGAUCCAUCUGCCAUCCUGGUACAGGAGGCCGCUGCAACAUGAGUUGGGCUCUAUCACGCAAGAACUUCUCAACAUCUGCUGGCUGCAGUCUUUACCAAAGUACCGAAGCAAGAAUCAAGAUAGGGGGCAAGCCGCCCUGUUUUCCUCUCGCCCUUGGCCUCCCAUCGAAGCCACUAACUUCACGAAAGACGUCACGAACACGAACCAUCUCACAGGCUUUCUUCCGAUAAUCUUACACCACGAAUACUCAACCAGUGCAACACAGAGAAGCAUGGACUUCGAGAUCAUGUUGAGCGAGCCGCCGCUGGGGACAAGUAUUCCGGAGUUGGAAGAAGCGCUAAGUCAGAGGGAGCGUAUGUCUUGCGACUGGCAGACUGGGCAGUUGUUCCGUCGGAUUGCCUCGAAUAUUUCACCGACUGGCUACUUCGGCCCGCCAGCACAUGUCCUGGCAGAGCAUACGAGCAUGCCAUGGCUCUCUGAUAGUAUGGCAGGGACCUACUUGAGGUCGGACAUCGGAUAUCCAUCAUGGUCCGAGGCCUUUGGGGAACUCUUCUACACGGCGUUGGAGGAAGCAGGAAGGUCUCGAAUCACACUACCGUCUCAUAAGCUACAUGUCGCCUUUGAACGUUUUCGCCCUGCGUUCGACGUUGUCAAACGACCGAGCUUGGUGGCCAUAGACGGGUGCGAAGACAGCCAGGUCCUGGUCUUACGACGUAAAGAAAGCAAAAGAUACCCAAACUCGAAACCUGGCGUGUCAGAGGCCUCUGAGGAUGAGAGCACAGAUGACGCUUUUAUAAACAUCGGCAGCUUCUCGACGGAUGUCAAGGUGACUGGUUUGAAGAGUUGGGGGCAUUUCGUCUUUGGCGAUCCUUUAUUUGCAACCUGCUUCCUUAACACUGCAUCGGACGCCCUGAUCAAGGGGAUGAACACAGCAUUCAGUGCCGAUGACCCCCUGGGUGACGCAGACCUCGUUGAGGACCCGCAGGAUGCACACAUUCGCCUGCUGUUCUACGACAUUGUGCACACAAUGCGUGGAAUUGCAAGGCAACACAAGGGCAUCAGGACUCCGGACAGUGCGCAAAAGGAGGAUAUGUGGUGGAUGAGGCUCAGAAAGGCCUUGGCAAAGCUUGACGACAUGACAGCGGAGGAAGAUUAG